AUGGCUUCUCCCGACGUUCCAGAAGUGAUCACCGUGCCGGCCCCGGCCAACCGGUUCCUGAGGCUAUUCCGGUCGAUUCCGUUCCAGAUCGCCAUCUGCAGCGGUGUCUCCUUCACUGCCCCUGGCAUGUGGGAUGCCCUGAACAACCUCGGUGCUGGAGGUGCAGCAGAACCUUACGCCGUCUCCGCGGCCAACGCUCUGUUGUACGGUCUGUUUGCUGUUGUAUGUGUGGCGGCCGGUGCGAUCAACAACCGCAUUGGCCUCCGAUACGGUCUGGCUCUCGGAGCCAUCGGCUAUCCCAUCUACGGCGCUGGUCUGUACACCAACAACUACUCGCCCACGACAUGGUUCAUGCUGUUCGGUAGUGCCCUCUGUGGUAUUUCCGCCGGCUUUUUCUGGGCUGCCGAGGCCGCCAUCAUCAUUGGCUAUCCUAGCCCGCAGGAUCGGGCUUUCUACCUGGCUAUCUGGCAGACCGCCAAAGCUGCAGGCCCCAUCGUGGGUGGCGCUAUCAACCUGGGCCUCAACGCCCAGGACUCGGGCCAGGGCUCCGUCAGCGCAAGCACGUACAUUGUCUUCAUUGUCAUCAUGUGCUUGGGCCUUCCGAUCGCCGUCCUUCUCAGCCCAGCUCACAAGGUCAUCCGCAAGGACCGGACUGCCGUUAUCGUGCGCAAGCAGGCCUCGUGGGCUGCCGAGUUCAAAGCUGCCUUCUCCCUGAUUGCCUCGAAGCGCGUCGUCAUGCUCCUACCCGCCUUCUUCAUCAGCUACUUCUACAACGGCUUCCAAAGCACCUGGUUAACGACCUACUUCACCGUGCGCUCUCGCGCAUUCUCGUCCUUCUUCACCAACUUCGCCGGAAUCAUCUCGUCCUUCCUGAUCGCCGGUCUGCUGGACAGGCAGUCGAUCCACAUCAAGACCCGCGCCCGCGUCGCCUUCUCCGCCAUCGUAAUCAUCCUCACCGGCACCUGGAUCUGGGCUAGUAUCCUCCAGUACCAGUUCUACUACGAGUACCCCUCGUCCCCCGUCUUCGACUGGUUCAAAGGCGGCUUCGGCAAGACCUACGCGCUCGUCUUCUUCUGGACCUUCGCCGGCCAAGCCUUCCAACAAUUCCUUUAUUGGCUCGUCGGCCAGUACGCGACCGAUCUAUCCUCCCUUUCCUAUCACUGCGGUAUCCUCCGCGGCUUCGAAGCCCUCGGGCAAACCGUUGCCUGGGCCAUGCAAUCUGAAGGAAACGCAAACCACUUCGUCAGCAUCGGAAUCAACUUCGGCAUCACGCUGCUGAGCGUGGUCCCGACGUGGAUCGUGCUCUCGGGGCUGGAGCACAGCCACGAGGUGCAAGUGGUCGUCGAGGACGCGAAGGCCGACUCGCAGAACGACACGAGUGUCUGA